UGUUUUUUGAUGUCUGACGUGUUUAUAGCUCACUCUGUAUCACUCCCUAUCAAUUAACUAUUGAAGAGGUGAAACUGAACGUAGUUUAGUGUGACAUUAUAUGGAGUGCAGGGAGCUAGUGUAACGUUGAGGACUCGAGACAAUAUUUUUCGAUUGUUUCAGUUGUGUAUGAUACGACGGGCAGUUGGGUUCAUUCAAGAGGGAUUGCUGUUUUCGAAAUGUCAAACAAAUGGGAUGAUGACGAAGUCCUGGAAAGGUUCCGGGAAUAUCUCCGCAUACCCAGCGUUCAUCCUGACAUAGAUUAUGGUGAUUGCGUGAAGUUUUUAAAGAAACAAGCUGAGCAGCUAGAUUUACCAGUCGCGGUGUAUGAGCUGGUGCCAGGAAAACCUGUGGUGGUGAUCACGUGGAAGGGUUUGGAGCCAGACCAGCCAGCCAUACUCCUCAACUCACACAUGGACGUGGUGCCUGUUUACGAGGAACAUUGGACGCAUCCUCCCUUCGCUGCUCAUGUAUCAGAAGACGGUUUUAUAUACGCCCGCGGCACCCAGGAUAUGAAGGGCAUCGGCAUGAUGAAUUUAGAAGCGGUGAGGAAUCUCAAGAAUGCAGGAGUAAGGCUGAAGAGAACCGUGCAUAUCAGUUUUGUUCCAGACGAAGAAAUCGGUGGCCAGGAAGGAAUGCGAGUGUUCUCCGAAUCAGAGGAGUUUAAGAAACUGAACAUCGGCUUCGGUACUGACGAGUCUAUUCCCAACCCAGGACCAAACGUAUUGAUCACUUUCCAUGGCGAACGGACUAGCAGACAAAUAAAAAUAACAGCCAGAAGUAACCCAGGACACGGGGCCCUCCUUGGCGAGGACACAGCUGGAGAAAAGCUUUAUUACAUCAUAGACAAAUUUAUGAAACUGCGCGCGGAGGAAAAAAGAAAGCUCGACGAGCGUAAUUUAUGGUUCGGUGACGUCACUACCAUAAAUCUGACACAACUUGAGGGUGGAGUGCAAGUAAACGUUCUACCUGAGAGUCUUUCGGCGUCGUUCGACAUAAGGAUUGCGACGGAUGUCGACCACGAUGAGUUUGAAGAAAUGAUACUUAGAUGGUGCAAAGAAGCGGGACAGGACGUUAUUUUGGAGUAUUUAGUGAAGAACCCUCAAGUGAACAAUACAAAGAUUGAUGACAGCAAUCUGUUUUGGGUGGCGAUAAAAAAAGCAGCCAAUGAGAUGGGCCUGACUUUGAACCCCGUGAUAUGUCCCGGCGCGACUGACGCCCGCUACGUUCGUCAGCAGGGUAUCCCUUCCAUCAAUAUGUCUCCCAUCAUGAACACCCCAGUCCUGCUGCACAGCCAUGACGAGAGAAUCCACGUGGAUGAGUUCAAGGCAGGCAUCAAACGAACUGAGAAGUUUUUAGAAGCAAUCGCUAAUGUUUGAUAUGGUGAUGGAGUUGAUCUUUUCAGUAGUGGAGCCCAGCGGUGGGUCAGUAUCUGUGCCCACCAGUGGGCUAAUAAUGCUGUGGUGGUAUUGUUGUGUUCUGUUGUAUAUAUAAUGUAAUUGGGUUGAAUGGGACUCAAGAGAUAACGAAAUUUAAAUCGAAAUUAUUAGAAUAUUUCCAGAUUAGACAACUGUAUUUGUAUAAAAAUAUUUUUUUCCACCAUUCUUAACUAACUAAGGUUUUAGUUACCCUGUCUUUCACCGUUUUCAUGUAUCACAAUAUAUAAUUUUGUGUACAAUUAAGCGCAAAGAUUUUAUUUAUAAAAUAUAGAUUUGGUUUGGAAAAUUAUCCACCUAAUUUGUUCCAUUUAUAUAUCAUAGACAUAGAUAUUAAAGUUCCGUCUGUUUUUCGGCGCUUUGUGGUUAACACCUUAUUAUUUAGCUUACAUUCUUCAUCUCCUCUUUUCCUUAUUUUGUUGUCUUGAGCAUUAUAAAUAUUUAUCAAACUACGCUAAUGUGUAAUCGAUACUUGGAAAUAAAAUAAAGAAAAUGUAUUAAUUAUUUAUUAUUAAACUAAAUUACAGAAAA